CUACUGACUAUAGGCUACUAUAUAUAAGCUUUAUCACCACGAAUGAAUUCCUCUUGCUAUCAUUUCAUCUCCUUAUUAUAAGGCUUCUCUAUCUCUCUCUCUCUCUCUCUUCUUUAGUUGAGCAUAAAGAUAGAGAAAGCCUUAUAGGUAAGAAAAAAUGUCUAGGAAUGGGAAACUGGAGGAACAUAAAGUGCCCUUAUUAGAUUAUGUCUCCUCUAAUAAUAUCCAAAGUAGUUAUUUAGAGCAAAAUGAUGAAAGUUUUGCAACAAGAUUUUGCAUAGAAUCAAAGAAGCUAUGGCAUAUAGUUGGGCCAGCCAUCUUUAGUAGAAUUGCCUCUUACUCCAUGUUUGUCAUCACUCAAGCUUUUGCUGGCCAUCUUGGUGAUCUUGAACUUGCUGCUAUGUCCAUUGCUAGUAAUGUUGUUCUUGGCUUCGAUUUUGGACUCAUGCUAGGAAUGGCAAGUGCAUUGGAAACACUAUGUGGACAAGCAUUUGGUGCCAAGAAAUACUACAUGUUAGGGGUAUAUUUGCAACGCUCUUGGAUAGUACUCUUCUUGUGUAGCAUUCUAAUGAUGCCAAUUUUUUUCUUUGCAACACCAAUCUUGAAAUUAUUGGGGCAACCAGAGGAUGUGGCAGAGCUCUCUGGGGUCGUGGUUUUGGCCUUUAUCCCAUUGCACUUUUGCUUUGUAUUUCAAUUCCCAUUGCAAAGGUUCUUGCAAAGCCAAUUGAAGAACAAUGUGAUUGCUUGGGCUAAUUUUGUGGCUUUCAUUAUCCAUGUGUUGAUAAGUUGGCUAAUUGUUAGCAAGUUUAAUUUGGGCAUUAUUGGGACAACACUUACUUUGAAUUUCUCUUGGUGGCUGGUAUUUUCUGUGCUAUUUUGUUAUACUACUUGUGGUGGCUGUCCACUUUCUUGGACCGGUUUUAGCAUGGAGGCAUUUUCUGGGCUUUGGGACUUCUUCAAGCUUUCUUUUUCUUCUGGAAUCAUGCUAUGCUUGGAGAACUGGUACUACAAGGUGCUAAUUGUGAUGACUGGUAAUUUGGAGAAUGCUAAAAUUGCUUUGGAUGCAUUAUCCAUCUGCAUGAAUAUCAACAGCUGGGAAUUGAUGAUUCCUUUUGGAUUCUUUGCGGGAACUGGAGUAAGGGUAGCAAAUGAGUUGGGAGCUGGAAAUGGCAAAGGGGCAAAGUUUGCAACAGCAGUAGCAGUGACACAAUCAAUAGUGAUUGGUUUAUUCUUCUGGAUUUUGAUCAUAUUUUUCCACAAUGAACUUGCUCUAAUUUUCUCCACUAGCCAACCUGUUCUUGAAGCUGUUCAUAAACUCGCUAUUAUCUUAGCCUUCACUGUUCUCCUCAACAGUGUUCAGCCCAUUCUCUCAGGGGUUGCUGUUGGAUCUGGAUGGCAAGCAUAUGUUGCAUACAUAAACUUGGGCUGCUAUUAUGUACUUGGAGUUCCUCUUGGCUUUAUUAUGGGAUGGGGUUUCCACUAUGGUGUCAUGGGAAUAUGGGCUGGAAUGAUCUUUGGUGGAACUGCAGUUCAGACUUUGAUAUUGGCUAUAAUCACAAUUAGAUGUGAUUGGAAUAAAGAGGUAACAUAUUUCAUAUUCAAAAAUUUUUAUUUUCCUCUUAUUUGCUCCCUCUGUUCCACUUUAGCUUGCUUAAUUUGAAUUUGAUGUUCCAUUCUUUAACCGAUAGGAAUAGUGUACGCUUUUUCUUUUUUGUUUCUCACCCGGUGUUUAGUAUCUACUUUGGGGCUCUAACUAAUCUGAAUUCGCGUCCAUAAAUUUCACUUUGGAGGAGGGUAAAUCACUCUUUACCAAAGAAAACUCAAUUUUCUUAAUUUAAUUGCAAGGCCUCUAAUUAAGAAUGAAAGAAUACUUAUGUAUGUCACCUCAGGAAAUUUGAUAGCUUAAGUUUACAUAGGAUGGGGACAGAUGAGAGUAUGAGAAGAGAUAUAUACUUGGAGCUAACACGUAACGUGGACUAAGUAAAUAUUUUUUAUAUAUAUUUUUAGUGUAUUUUAAUAUGUUGGAGUGGGUAACUUACUUAUUAUCAUGUUACAAAUCUCACCUUAUUUUUCAGCAGUUACUU